CAUUUUCUGUUGCGUGAACGCAGCUGUUUUUCGUGCGGUGAACUGUCGGAAAGUUUCCUGCCGUCCGGGUGCCUUGAAAAUAAAGGAACUAAAGAAAUAAGUCUAUAUACAAUCGCAGAGGAAGCCUGGGGACAGCUCCAACCUACUUUUACGGGCAGUUAAUCCUACACGAAGGCAGGGAUGAGCUCCGACAAGAGCGUGUACUCCCCCAUGGCGGUGGGAGCCUCGCAGCCCUCUCUCAUCGACUACCCUACAUUUCCCGUCACAUUUGCCCCGGAGGUGGCGGGCCCGGGGAUGGCCGGGGCUCCCGGUCCGCCCGCCGGCGCCCCUUUCCCGCCGCCGGCUGCCUUUGCACGGGGAGUCCCUGGAAGUUACGGGAUGUCCCCGAGUCCCUACGACGGAGGCUACGCGAACCCCUGCCCCCCGCCCUAUGCACCGCGGAGCCAGGCCGCCAUGCACAGCUACGCUGGUGAUGGUUACUACAACGAGGAAGCUCCACCACCGUUCUGUGACAAUGGAGAUUUUGAUUUUGGAUUAGACAACAAGACCAUCCGAAGAGCCUUCAUUAGAAAGGUAUUCCUGGUGCUGAGUGCCCAGCUGUUGGUGACAUUUGCUUUUGUGGCUGUUUUCACCUUCGUGGAUGAGGUCAACGUCUUUGCCAGGGAGAACAUUUGGAUGUACUUCCUGUCCUAUGGUGUGUUCCUUGUGUCAGUCUUAGCUAUCAGUUGCUGUGGGAGCAUUCGCCGACAACACCCUUGGAACCUGGUUGCUCUGUCCAUCCUGACUGUCAGUAUGUCCUACAUGGUGGGAAUGAUCGCCAGCUUCCAUGAGACUGAGUCAGUCAUCAUGGCAGUGGGCAUCACAGCUUUUGUGUGCUUCACAGUGGUCAUCUUCUCCCUGCAGACCAAAUAUGACUUCACCUCCUGUUACGGUGUGCUCUUCGUCUGUCUGAUUGUCCUCAUUGUCUUUGGCAUCCUCUGCAUCUUCAUCCAAAACAAGAUUCUGGAGAUUGUGUAUGCUGGAUUGGGAGCGCUACUCUUCACUUGUUUCUUGGCGGUGGAUACUCAGCUGCUGCUUGGCAACAAGGAGCUGGCCCUGAGCCCUGAAGAGUACGUGUUUGCUGCUCUGAACCUGUACACAGACAUCAUUAACAUCUUCCUCUACAUUCUUGCCAUCAUCGGCAGAGGAAGAGGAGGCUGAGCAGGGGCUGUGACAGAUCAAACAGAAAAUUUUAAGUUCUUGUCCAUAAUCAUAAUUUCAUGUUACUAUUGAGCUUGUAUUCAUUCCAUGGUCACAGGUUGCUUUUGCUUCAUUUAUUGUAGUGUUUUACACAAUAAGAUAAAGUGGUGGUCUUAAUUUGUAGGUUUGUUGAUUGCUGAAUUCUUUAUGAUGUAUAUAACUUGAUGUAUAAAAGUGUAUUUUGCUUUAUGAAGAUGUACCUUAUGCCACACAAAUCAUUAAAUGACGUAGAGAUGACAAAACAAUCCCAACUUGAAACUUCAUUUCGAUGUUUGUUUUUAUUUCCCCCUCCGGGGGCUUUCAGUUGUAUCACACAUCAUCAUAAGGAGUUUCUUCAAUAAACAUGAGAAGAAAAAAAGUGUUAUGGCACAUGUGCUUAUUAUCAGCUAUGAUUUUCAUCUGUUACAUGUGUGACUUGACCUUGUUCACUUGCACUGGAGAAAUCUUGUCCAAUUAAUUUUGGGAUUGUUUUGUCAAACCACUAUUUUCAGGGUCAAAAUUGAUUUAAUGUCUUUCUUUUGCAAUCUAGGAAAAAGCUAAAAGAAAUGAGAAGGGCUAAUAAAUAAAUUCCAGUGAAUUAAAUCAUAACCAGAGUCUCCAAGGCAACAAGGAAAAGGGAAAAAAAAUAAAAAUAGUGAUGACACUCUUUUACUCAUUACUAUUAAGUAGUCUUUUUAUGUGGUAUUUCUAUGUACUGUCAGGAAUUAACUGUCUCAAUUAACUGACUUAAUUUUUGACAAAUUUUCUAAACUCAAGUCUGACCUUUUGUGUACGGAAUAAAAAUUAAAUAAAAACAA